AUGCCGUCUCUCAAUAUGACCAUGGGCAUUAUCCGUCCUAGUGGCACCGAAGAUUGCCCUGGCACAGUUCUUCUCUUUGAGAGAGCCGACAAUGAACAGAGUUAUCAUUCUGGCGCUAAACACGACCCAAAGGACCCUUCGAUCAUCUUGGAUCCUCAACCAUCAGAUGAUCCAAAUGAUCCAUUGAAGAAUUGGUCGAUUCGGAGGAAGGAUCUGCUAUAUUUGACAAUUUUCGUCAACACUGUCAUCUUAGCUGCGGUCCCUGGCCCAGUAUUUGCGUCCUCUACUGCAGUGAUGUCAAAGAGCUUGGGAGUCUCAUUGGACAAUGUUGCCCUUCUAUCAGGAUACCAGCUUCUGGUUGUUGGCUUGUACGGCCCGUUCUGUUCGGCACUGGCUCGCAAGUAUGGCAAACGACCUCAAUACCUAUUCGGCUGCACAAUGGCAUUGAUUGGAACAAUAAUUUGUGUGGCGGCUGGGUCAAAUUAUACAACACUGCUCGCUGGUCGAAUCAUCCAAGGAUUUGGGACAACUGCAUUUGAGUCGCUGUCACUGGCUGCAAUCGGGGACGUAUACUUCGUCCAUGAGCGUGGUAUUAGGACCGGAGUGAUGGCGAUUGCGUUGACGUGCCUCUCCAGUAUGGUGAAUAUUAUCGGAGGUCCAAUCACCCAGACUUUGGGAUGGAGAUACAUGCUCAUCAUUCAAUUGCCAUUCGUCGCAGCUGCGUGGAUUCUCACAUUCUUUUUCAUUCCCGAAACCCAGUUCCGCCGUUCGGUCGGAAACUUGGAGCAUACUGAGAUGCCAGUCCAGAACACCGACUCCAAAGAGAAAACAGAGGAAGGAUCGGAGGUCUAUCAAGAAGAGAAUGUGGAUGAACAACAGACCACACACCCAUCUACCAGUGUUGCAAAGAGAACCUACGUGCAGAAUCUUGCAAUCUUUUCGGGGACCUAUACCGACACUGCUGCUUGGAAGCUCAUUGCUGCCCCCUUUGUUGUUCUACAUAACCCGAGUGUUAUUUGGUCGCUGGGUAUGACUGGUAUUGUCGUGGCACUAUGGGUCAGUUUGGCGUAUGUGUUCGCUCAGCUAUGGUCCGCGUCGCCUUAUAAUUUGAAUGCCGCCCAAAACGGAUAUUUCUAUGUUGGAGCUAUGGCCGGAGGUAUGAUUGGUGGCCUCGGCAGUGCGUGGGUGACUGAUCUGAUCACUAAAAUCAUGGUCCGCAUAAAUCGUGGCAUUUACGAACCGGAAUUUCGAAUCCUGACUCAGGUAAUUUCCGGUACAUUCAUGGCCUUGGGAUAUUUCGUCUUCGUAUGGCUCUUCGAGCAUCCCUUCCCGACCGGCUACUUUCUAGGGUCAUUUUUGCAUGGAUGCAUUUGCUUGGGCAUUACUGUGUCGACUGUGUCGGCAAGCCUUUAUAUGUUGGAUGCGCAUGCUUCUGAGACCACGGAAAUCUUCAGCUUGCAGAUGAUCUUCAAGAACCUCUUGUUCUUCGGGUUUUCACACUUUGUGAAUUCCUGGGCAGCCAAAGAUGGAGCACAGUCUAUUUUCCGAACUUAUGGAAUAGUUGCCGUCUGCCUAACUGCCACUUCCAUUCCGAUGUACAUUUUCGGAAAGCGCAAUCGCCUAUUCAUCCACAAACUAGGAGUAUUGCGCCGAUUCUACACUGGUAAAGAAUAA